CACAGCGUCAAUAAACUUGCAUCACAACCCAUAUUCGCGCAACGAGCACAACAAACCUACGUUUUUCUUUGACACCGAAAUAACUCGCAAACCGCAAUCAUGUCAAUGUUCGGACUCGGUCGGCCGCAGCCUUCAUCGGCCGAGAAGAUAGCUGCCGCAGAGCAGGAGAUGGACCUCAUAACAGACAUGUUCAACAAACUCCAACAAGCCUGCAUGAAGAAAUGCGUACCCAGGGAAUACCGCGAGGGCGAGAUCAACAAGGGCGAGGGUGUCUGCAUUGACCGAUGCGCUGCUAAGUUCUUUGAUGUGCAGCUGAAGGUCUCGGAAUUGCUGCAAGCUGAGGCGGCCGCUAAAGGGGCAGGUGGUGGUGGUAUGGGCUUUGGAGGCAUGUGAGGUUCUUGACUACAAGACAUGCAUCGGAGGGGAUCUAGAGG